CCUUUAAAGAGCGGUGCUCCAAACGCCACACGGUCAAGGUUGCGAUUAAAUAAAUAAAACAGUUUUUGAGCAGAAUAUUUGAUGUGAUUUUAUGAAAAAGGCCGAUUACUUAAUUGAAAUUAGAUUAAAUAGAUAUCGGUGUGAUAUCCAAUGAGUGAGAGUCCAGGGCAGGUGAACGGCAAUGGUGUGCCAGCAGAAGAAAAGCUUGCUAUCCUGGAUGCAGGGGCACAGUAUGGAAAAGUGAUUGACAGAAGGAUUCGUGAGCUAAAUGUAGACACUGAUGUUCUUCCAUUGGACACACCAGCAUUUGUACUGAAGGAUAAGCACUACAAGGCCAUCAUUAUAUCUGGUGGACCGAGCUCUGUCUACAGUGCUGAUGCCCCCAAGUAUGAUUGUGACAUUUUCAACAUCGGUAUCCCUGUGCUGGGCAUUUGCUAUGGACUCCAGAUGAUGAAUGUGAGUUUUGGAGGAAAGGUGGUGAAAAAGGAAGCCAGAGAAGAUGGGCAGUUUAAGAUCAGCGUUGACACAUCAUGUAGCCUCUUCAGUGGUUUAGAUAAAGAACAGGAAGUGCUGCUCACCCAUGGCGACAGUCUGGAGAACAUUGCCAAGGGUUUUAAGGCCGUUGCCACGUCUGGAGAUAUUAUUGCAGCCAUAGCGGAUGAGGAGCGAAAACUGUUUGGCGUACAGUUUCACCCAGAAGUUGAUCUGUCAACGAACGGUCGGCAGAUGAUGAGGAACUUCCUGUCACUCGCAGGCUUCCAUUUCCUGUACACUAUGGCUUCCAGGGAGCAGGAGUGUAUAGAGGACAUCAAACGCACAGCAGGCAACCACAGAAUACUGAUGCUGCUCAGUGGUGGCGUGGACUCUACAGUGUGUGCAGCUCUCCUGCACAAGGCAUUACCAGAUGAUCAAGUGAUAGCACUGCACAUCGACAACGGCUUCAUGCGCAAACACGAGAGCGAACAAGUUGAGAAGUCACUCAACAGUCUUGGCCUGCAUGUUAAAGUGAUCAAGGCUGCACACCAGUUCUACAGUGGUCGUACCUACAUCAGUUCAGACUGUGACGGUAAAAAAAAGAGGAAAACCAACAGUCUGGCCACCACAGUAGACCCAGAGGAGAAGAGGAAAAUCAUUGGAGAUACAUUCAUGAAGGUGGCAAAUGAGUUGAUAGAGGAGCUAUGUUUGAAGCCUGAAGAUGUUUACCUGGGCCAGGGCACACUGAGGCCAGACCUGAUAGAGAGUGCCUCCACACUGGCCAGUGGCAAGGCCGACGCCAUCAAGACACACCACAAUGACACAGAUCUGGUCAGGGAACUUAGGAAACAGGGCAGAGUAGUUGAGCCCCUAAAGGACUUCCACAAGGACGAGGUCAGGGCAAUAGGUCGUGACCUUGGAUUGCCUGAGGAGCUGAUCAACAGACACCCUUUCCCAGGUCCCGGGUUGGCCAUUCGUGUACUGUGUGCAGAGGAACCCUACAUGUGCAAGGACUUUGCAGAGACUGCCAUAGUUCUCAAGUUUUUAGCAGACUAUUCUUUCGCCUCAAAGACGCCACACAACCUCAUACACAAGAUUACCAAGAGCACCUCAUCAUUGGAGAGGGAGUUUUUGGAGAAGUUCAGCAAAUCAGAAGCAAUAACGGCCAAUCUGCUACCAGUGAAGACAGUCGGUGUGCAGGGUGACUGCCGGACGUACAGCUAUGUGGCAGGCCUGUCCUUCAGGCGGAGACCUCAGAAUCUCAACUGGGACGACGUGAUGACGCUGGCAAAACUCAUACCCAGGAUUUGCCACAACAUCAACAGAGUAGUGUACAUAUUUGGUGAGCCAGUGAAAUUCCCGAUAGAGGACAUAACGCCAACAUAUCUUACAGAAGGCGUCCUGAGCACAUUGAGACAGGCAGACUAUCUCGCCACAGAAGUAUUAUUGAAGGCGGACUGUGUACAUAAACUGAGCCAGAUGCCCAUAGUGUUAGUGCCGCUGCAUUUUGACCGCGAUCCAACGCAGCAUCAACCCUCGUGUCAGAGAUCUGUCGUAAUACGGACAUUUAUGACUCACGAUUUUAUGACCGGGGUACCUGCACAGCCAGAAAAGCAUUUGCCAUUAGCUGUGUUGGAGGACAUGGUGGCUGCCAUAGAGUCGGUACCCGGCCUAUCCCGUGUAAUGUAUGACCUCUCCUCUAAACCACCGGGAACCACCGAGUGGGAGUAGCAUAGAACCAUGGCGUGAGAAUAGACAUGCAUCACCGGUUGUUUGGGAUUGGUUAGGAACAAAACAGAAAGUGUAUUAGAAAGUAAUGCAUAUAAGGCUCAUCGUCAAAAACAAUAAAGCAAUAAUGCCAACAUAAAAAGGGAUUGGAUUUAAUUAACAAUACCAGAUUUGGGUUGGGUUAUAUUUCAAUGAGGCCGGCCGUUCGUAGGUGGUUAUAAGGAAAGUUUUUUUGCAUAUUGUCUUAAGUGAAAUUUAAUCACAUCAUUCAAUUUUGAAAUGUCCUGAAAAUCUGAAUUCAGGAACAGAUUAUCAAUAAGAUAUUUGAAGUCAUUCCAAAAUGGUUAUAUUUUAUUAAAACAAACAACAUAUAUGAACCCUUUUUAUCCCCACACUUUUUGAAAAGCGUGGGGAUAUUGUUGUUAUCUCCGCCGUCUGUCCAUCCGUCCUGGCCACUAUCUUCUACACUAUAAGCACUAGAACCUUGAAACUAACACACAUGGUAGCUAUGAGCAUAUGUGCCACCCUGCACUAUUUGGAAUUUUGAUCUGACCGCUGGGUCAAAAGUUUUGGGGGUUGGGGUGGCCGGGUCAAAGAUUUUCACUCAUUUUUUUAUGUUAUGUACUUAAACAUUGGCCAUAACUUUUGCAAUAUUGAAGAUAGCAACUUGAUAUUUGACAUGCAUGUGUAUCUCAUGGAGCUGCACAUUUUGAGUGGUGAAAGGUCAAGGUCAUCCUUCAAGGUCAAAGGUAAAAAAAACUAAUACAAGGGAAGUAAUAAGCUUUAAAGGGAGGUAAUUAAUGAACCUGCCAAAUGAUUUUUUUUUUUUUAAAUAAAUCAAAGCGGCGCAGUAGGGAGCAUUGUGUUUCUGACAAACACAUCUCUUGUUUUAUGUUAUUUUACAUUAACUUUUUCAUUUCUACACCAAUUUAUUUCCAAUUGAUACUGAACAUCUCUUAUGACAAUACGGUCAAUCUCAACUAUGCAUCGCCCCAUUACCAACCCUGCGGGGCCCCCUGGGUCAAACAUGCAGCGUGGGGAUACGCGUCGGCCUCUGCUGCGCCAUUUCUAUUUUAAAUUGUUAUUAGUAAAAAAAUCGAUACAUUUUACACUUUAUACUGUGAAGCUAUUCUUUUAAAGCAUCCUGCAAGCCAGCUUAGAAUCCUAGCUGGUAUAGGUGAGCAACAGUGCUUUACUGUGCCAACCAAAACAGGUGUGCAUCAAGUCCUCAGUUAUGAAGUGAAGUCAAAUUGAAGAAAAAAUUGCAUGCCAAAAUCACUACUUGGACAGAUAUUGAUAAUCAUGUGCUUGUGUUGAUUGAAGAGGUCAAGGUUAUCUGUAAUGUGGUUCAUUAAAUGUGCCAGUACAAACUUUACUUUGAAAGUUUGAUUUGAUACCCAAUGUGUGUUGUUGAAUUUGAUAAUAAAAUUAGUAAAAGGCUGUUUUUUAUUCACAAUUAUUAAGUGUAUAAGCUCAUAACGAUGCUGAAUCUGAAAAAUAAUAGCCUUGUUUUGCAAAGGAACGCAAUUGACAGAUAUAUUAUAUUUAAAAUUGUUAAAAGAUUUGAGUGCAUCUUAGCACUUAAUAGUAUUUUAUUAACCAUGUUUUCCAAAGGAAAAAAACUGGUUAUUAGAUUGGCGAUGUCGGCGGGCUAGCGGGCGAUACAUACGGAAUAUUACGCUAGUCAAUUGUUCCAAGAGAUUGUAUCACUCGAGUGGCUUGUGUGAUGACGUAUCACACGAGAGGCGGAGCCUCGAGUGUGAUGCGAAAUAGCACAAGCCACGAGAGUGAUACAAACUCUUGGAACAAUUGACUAGCGUAAUAUUCCUUUUAUUAUAUACAACAACUAACGAAAACAGUUAAAAAAUGUAUUUUUUACUUUAACAAAACAAUGACUAAAACGGUACGCCAUAGUUUAUUUAAGACGCGUAUGAAUACAGUUUAAUACCCUUCACCAUGAUAAAUUAACGUGUAAACAUUCGAACCGGCAAAACACAGGUUUCCGACACGCUAACCUUAUUGCCAUCGUUAAUCCAAUUUUUAUAACAAUUAAGUUGACAACUUUAAUCCGAUGUUUAUAACAAAAAUGUUUAAACGAUAUCCACUUCCACUUCUAUCUUCCAUGUCUUUAUCGAAACUUAGUUUAAACCACACAUUUUAUUGUAUUCCUAUCGAAAUAUACAUUUAUUCAUGAUAAACACACACUCCAAAAUACGUUUUUAACACAUAGUUUACUGUUAAAAAACACCACGUCCGACAUGUCCUUACAGAGUUUAGAUAAAAUUAUUGUGUUUUGUCACAGAAAUGACGUCACACGAUGUACUACGUAAUAUAUUUCGUAAUAUAAAAUUUUUCUAUUUUCGGUGCGUGUAAUGUGACGUCAUUAAAUGGGUCGAAGUAGUCCGGUUAGUAUGGUAAUACGGAAUUGGAAACAGCGAGUAGCGUAAUACGUGAUUUUUUAUUUCAACGAUUGAUACAAUCCGUAUUUUGUUAAAAGCAUUAAACAGGUAUAUAAUAAAAGCUUUUCCAGGCAAUAACUUUGUCAUUCAUUGUCAGAUUUUAAAAUCAUUUGACACAUUUGUUCACCAUCAUUAGACGGUGUGUCGCGCGAAAGAAUUACGUCGAAAUCUCCAAGGUCAAGGUCACAAUUUUAGUUUGAAGGUAAAAAAUGGCCAUAAAUGAGCUUGUCCGGGCCAUAACUUUGACGUUCAUUGUCUGAUUUUAAAAUCAUUUGGCAAAUUUGUUCACCAUCAUUAGACGGUGUGUCGCGCGAAAAAAAUACGUCGAUAUCUCCAAAGUCAAGAUCACAACUUGAGUUUGAAGGUCAAAAAUGGCCAUAAAUGAGCUUAUCCGGGCCAUAACUUUGUCGUUCAUUUUCAGAUUUUAAAAUCAUUUGGCACAUUUGUUCACCAUCAUUAGACGGUGCGUCACGCGAAAGAAUCACCAAGAUCAAGGUCACAAUUUGAGUUUGAAGGUCAAAAAUGGCCAUAAAUGAGCUUGUCUGGGCCAUUUCUAUGUCAUUCAUUGUGACAUUUUUAAAUCAUUUGACACAUUUGUUCACCAUUAUUGGACGGUGUGUCGCGCGAAAAAAUUAAGUCAAUAUCUGCAAGGUCAAGGUCGACACAACUAAAAAUAGAUUGAAUCGAUUGAUUUUGAAACAGCUAUGUAACUAUGAACAAUCAGUAACAAUGCACAUUUUGAUUUUGAGUUGUCUCUCUUUAUCAGACUUUUUUUUCUAAUUGAAAUCAAUGUCAAUUUUACACAAGGGGGUUAACAAUACACACUUGAAUUGUCUCCCUUUAUCAGACUUUUCAACUGAAAACCUGGUUUUGUGACAAUUGUGUCCCUUGUUUCCUAUUAUUCUGGCGUGUUUGUUCGCAUUUUGCCGGCUUUCAUAUUGUUAGUGAUGAAUUUUUAGGAGUUUUCUUUGUUGGCGGGUAUACAUCUUUGGUGGGAUAAAUGUUUAAGCAAUUCAAUAAAAUAAAUAUAGCCUGAUAAGGCUUUUUUCCUUCAAA